CAAUGGAGGGUGGUGGAUCACAAACACAUUAACCUAUACUACUACUAAUACAUUUGUUGCAGUAAGGCUCUCUCUGCCUGUCAACUUUCCUCUGGGUUUCAUCAACGUGAAGCAACCAUGAGGAACUGGACCAGUUUUGGUGGUCAGGCUUUGCUUGUAUCAUUACUGAUCUUGUGUUUAGGUAUACCAGAUGUAGUGAAGUCCCAGUUAAGCACUGACGUCUAUGAUGCAACAUGCCCAAAUGUUUUCCAAAUCGUUCGGAAAGAGGUGAAGAAAGCUCUCAGGAGCGAAAUGCGAAUGGCAGCCUCUUUGCUUCGGCUUCACUUCCAUGAUUGCUUUGUUAAUGGGUGCGACGGUUCAGUUCUCUUGGAUGGAAGUGAUGGCGAGAAGUUUGCACUCCCAAACCUAAACUCAGCGAGGGGGUUCGACGUUGUGGACACAAUCAAGAGCGCCGUUGAGAGUGCAUGCCCAAAAACGGUAUCAUGUGCCGAUAUACUAGCCAUAGCAGCCAGAGACGCAGUUCUCUUAAGUGGAGGACCUUUUUGGAAAGUUCUUCUAGGAAGAAAAGAUGGUUUGGUGGCAAACCAGACAGGAGCCAACAAUGGUCUUCCUUCUCCAUUUGAAUCACUCGAUCAAAUAACCGCAAAGUUCGCUGCUGUAGGCCUCGACCUCACAGAUGUUGUAGCCUUAUCAGGUGGGCAUACAAUCGGAUUAGCUAAGUGUGCCACCUUCAAUACGAGAUUGUUCAACUCUAGUACUAAUGGUACUACUGACAAGAGCAGCAUGGACGCAGAUAUGUUGACUGAUCUGCAGAACCUGUGCCCACAGAAUGGUGAUGGCAACAAGACCACCGCUCUUGAUCGUAAUUCAAGGGAUCUAUUCGAUACCCAUUACUUCACCAACUUGCUCAAUAACAAGGGUCUUCUCCUUUCAGAUACCAGUCUGUUGUCUAGCGACGCAGCCGAAACGCUUGUCGAGAAUUAUAGCACAAAUCCUACGCUAUUUUUCAAGGAUUUCGCCAAAUCCAUGAUCAAAAUGGGGAACAUAAGCCCUCUAAUUGCACCCAAUGGGGAAAUACGAACAAACUGCAGGGUCGUCAACUAAAUGGAACAAUUUGGAAACCCCUUAGAUACUCUUCUACUUUGCUGACAACUUAGACCAAUCGCAUUUUCUAUUGUCUAGCAAUUACUCAAAUUAUGUGCGUGCUUCUGUUCGUAAAACCAUUACUUAAUUUCUUGUAAUUUACUUCUCUCUCUCUCUUGCUCCAAGUUAAAUAAGAAAAAAAUAACUCGUUGUAUUCGGAUAUUCAACCUACAA